UCCACCAUCUCACUUUGCUUUUCAUUUCUCCCUCACUCCCCCUUUCUCUCUCUCUCUCUCUCUACGCAAAAAUCUACCAAACCUCCAUUUUCUUCGCUGCGUAUUGAUCAACGUUGUAUUCAUGGCUGUUGAAGCUCGGCAUCUCAAUCUCUUUCCCCCGCAGAUUCUCGGCAAUAGAGGGCUGAUGAUGAAUGGUGUGGAAGGCAUUGGAAACGCCUACGCCGCGCCGGCGGGAUUCGGUAUGCUGCCUCCGUUGUCGGGUACGGCGAUGGAGACUAUGGUGCCGAUCUACUGCUCGGCGAUUGCGGAAACCGCGGUACCGAAAACGCCGGCGAUUAAGUCCGACAGCGGCUUGACGUACGCGGCGGUUCCUGUUUCACGGAAGCGAUCCAGAGACGCGGCGAAUCCUACGAUGACCGGCGUUUCUCACCACCACCACGCCGCGGGUAACCGAUGCGGUUCGAUGACUUUUCUCGGCGAGGAUUUCUCCUUCCACUUCCAGCAGCAGCAGUUGGAGAUCGAUCGAUUCAUCGCGCAACAUACGGAGAAGGUGAGGUUAGAAAUCGAGGAGAGGCGGAAGAGAUUCUCGCGGCGGAUCGCGGCGGCGGUGGAGGAGAACGUGUUGAAGAAGCUGAAGGCGAAGGAGGAGGAGGCGGAGAAGAUCGGGAAAAUGAACUACGCGCUGGAGGAGCGGGUGAAGUCUCUGUGCGUGGAGAAUCAGAUAUGGAGAGACAUGGCUCAGGCGAACGAAGCCACCGCGAAUGCUCUGAGAUCCGAUCUGGAGCAAGUCCUGGCGCAAGCGCAAAACGAGAAUCGUCAACAGGAUGCCGCCGACGACGACGCGGAGUCGUGCUGCGGCAGUAACGACGAUGAAAAAAACGCGGAGGAGCGGAGGAGCAGAAUGUGCCGGAGCUGCGGCAAAGCGGAAUCGUGCGUGCUUCUCCUACCGUGCCGGCAUCUGUGCCUGUGCACGGUGUGCGGCUCGUCUCUGCACACCUGCCCCGUCUGCAGCUCCGCCAAAACCGCCAGCGUUCACGUCAAUCUCUCCGCCUCUUGAAGCCAGUACGAUCUCUGGAAUCGUGAUACGGAAAAAGGAAAAGAGAAAAAAAAAAAAAAAAAAAGGAAUUAGGGGAUAGUAUUAGGUUUUUUUUUUUCUUUUUUUUUUAGUUUGAAAUUCUUUUGUCAGACUCCACUAACAUUUCUUGAAUGUAAUUAGUGUUGGGGCUAAAACGAUUAGCGCAUUUCAUUAAAUUUGGCGGGGCAAAAAAUAACUGAAAAUACGCGCUCCUGCUGAAGUCAACUGUAAAGGCUGACACGUCGGACUCGCUAAAAUGCCGCUGGUGAGGGGGAAAAAAGUUGAACACAUGCUUUUGUCUCAUUAUAACAUAAUUUUAAAAUGUUAAAUAAUUAUUUUCUUUAA